GCUGUUGAUUACUGUGUAAAUUGAAAUUAUGUGAAUAUAUUUGUUUACUGUGUUUUAUCUCGGAUUCUGAAUUAGUUAUGAACCGGCACAAACCCGUGAGGGGAUUCACGUCCCCGUUAAUUGCUCAACCGCGAUCGGACAUCAAGAAAAAUGAGGUAUUCGCAAAUGUAACGAAAACACCGGUUGAUUUGACAAACUCCCAAAGCAAAUCCUUUAGAAGCAACUCGCAGAUUUUGAAUUUGUUCGUAACGUCGAAGGAAGAAUGCGAUACUGACAACACUGAAGUAAAAAAUAAAUCGUCGAAAAAAUUGAAUGCUUCUGUUUGCGUGACUAAUGUGUCAGCUGCUGAUUCACUCGAAACAGGAACAAAAAAUGUGUUUAAUGUGGUGUAUGGCAAAGUAACUUCAAAGAAGCAUAAAACAUGGGAAGGCGAUGGUCUGUUAGAAGUGACUGGAAAAAGUGCAGUUCUUAAGGACCUGGAUGGUAAAAUUAUGGGAAGAACUACUGUCACUUCUAGUGAUGUUGCGGAAGGUUUCAAAUUGAUUAUUGGAAACAAAGAAAUUGAGAUUAUAGACCGAGCAUCACAAGAAUUAUCUGUAGUAAAAAAGAUUCCUGAGAAAAUUAUAGAGAAACCAUCCCAAACAAAAUUCAAAGCAUUAGUGUCUCUAAAAGAGCAAGAUGCUACAAUUCACAAAGAAAAGACAUCUACUGUUGAUUUACCCCAAUCAGAUACAAAAAUCAUAUUUAAUGUAACAUAUGGCAAAAUAACUUCAAAGAAGCAUCAAACAUGGGAUGAUGAUGGUUUGUUAGAGGUAAUUGGGAAAACUGCAGUUCUUAAGAACUUGAAUGGUAAUGUUAUUGGAAAAACUAAACUUAAUCCCAGUAAUAUAGUAAAAGGUUUCAGACUGAUUAUAGGGAACAAACAGAUCGAGAUUGUAGAUCAAGUGUCACAAGAGUUAUGUGUAUCAAAGAAAAGUCCUGAAAAAGAAGAAGUGAAAGAACCAUUAGCAAAAAAAUUUAAAUUAUCAACAACACAUACCUUUAUGCCUCUGCUAUCAUCUUCAAAAAGACUGAUAUUGAAUUGUGAGCCUUUAGUGAUGCCACACGUGAAUCUUGUACGGGAGAGCCAAGAGGAUUCAGAAAAAGAGCACGAAGUUUCAGUUGAUUUUUGCUUGGCAACGAAACUUAGAGAACACCAACGUCACGGAAUUGUGUUUCUUUAUGAAUGUUUAAUGGGACUGAGAUUACCGAAUUAUUUCGGUACAAUUUUAGCUGACGAAAUGGGACUUGGCAAAACUAUACAGUGUAUCACAUUAAUCUGGACAAUGUUGAAAAAGGGUCCAUAUGGUAAACCGAUUGUGAAACGCGUGCUAAUAAUUACACCGAGUAGUUUGUGCGACAAUUGGAACAAGGAGUUCGUUAAAUGGUUAGGCAGUCACAGAAUAUUUCCAUAUGUUGUGGAUGGAAAAAAUAAACCUAAGGAUUUCACUAAAAAUCCCGGAAAUUCAGUAAUGAUUAUCAGCUACGAAAUGUUCAGCAGAUGUCACACGGAAAUCAGCGAGAUUACAUUUGAUUUGAUCGUGUGUGACGAAGGUCACAGACUGAAGAAUAGCAAUGUAAAAGCGGCAAAAUUGUUACACGAAAUGGAAUGCAAAAGACGAAUUAUCUUAACGGGUACUCCCAUACAAAAUGAUUUGAAGGAAUUUUAUGCACUUGUCGAUUUCGUUAAUCCAGGUAUUCUCGGUACUUCUGUUGAAUACAAAAGUUAUUACGAAGAUCCUAUUGUCGCGUCUCAGUGUCCUCGCGCGGACGAAGAGAUCCUCAGUCUGGGUAACGAGAGAGCUACGGAAUUACACGAACGCACCAAAGUAUUUAUCCUAAGACGUACACAGGAAACAAUAAACAAAUAUCUACCGUGUAAAUACGAAAUAGUUUUAUUCUGUUGUCUAUCCAACAAGCAACAAUAUUUAUAUACUCGAAUUAUUGACGCUUGGUUCGACAAGAUUUGUAUAGAUAAAAGCAACAAUCAUUUGUCCGUUAUUACCGCUCUCAAAAAAGUUUGCAAUCACCCGAACCUGCUGAUAAACGAGAACGAAAAUACGCUACAAGACAUUUUGCCGAAUGAGAUGCAAAUAAAACGAGACGAAACAUUUGCCGACUAUUGCGGUAAAAUCACGAUCGUGCGGACACUGAUGAGAAACUUGAAGAAGACUGACGAGAAAUUAGUACUGGUUUCUUACUAUACACGAACACUCGAUCUUCUCGAAACUGUAUGCAAUAUGGAAAAAUUAAAGUUCUUACGAUUGGAUGGCAGUACUUCAAAUUCGACACGGUCGAAAGUUAUCGAGCAAUUUAACAUGCGAACAAACGACGAUAAGGUCUUCUUACUAAGUGGAAAGGCAGGUGGAGUAGGUUUGAAUUUGCCUGGAGCGUCCAGACUUAUUUUAUUCGAUUCCGAUUGGAAUCCUGCGUCUGAUGUACAAGCUAUGGCAAGAAUUUGGAGAGACGGUCAAAAGAAAGACGUUUACAUUUACAGAUUAUUGACAACAGGUACAAUAGAAGAAAAAAUAUAUCAAAGACAAAUUAGUAAAGCUGGUUUGAGCGAAUCUGUGGUGGAUCUAAACCAUCUUGGUUCUUUAAAAUUAUCAACUUCAGAAUUAAAGGAUUUGUUUACUCUUACAACUGAUACAGUCUCAUUAACGCACGAUUUAAUGAAUUGCUCAUGUUCUGGAAAGAACAAUGAACACAUCUCUUCAGAGAACUUAAACAAUGAAAACACGGAAAGUCAAUUUGUACAGAAACCAUCUCGCCACAAUUUAACUAUUAACCAACUUCUACGUUGGCAUCACUACAAACAGCCAAUUCCAAGUGACAUUAUGCAGAAUGUCUUGUUAGAGGAAGCGAAUGAAAAGAUAACAUUUAUGUUUAUAAAUUCUACAAGAUAAGAAACUAUAAGAAAGGUAACGAGCAAGAAAACAGAUUUGUUUUCUUGCUCGUUUGCGACCUUAUUUACCUUUCUUAUUGUUUAUAUUCACAAGCGAGAUUUCUAUCUUUCUAUAUAAGAAACUAUGUUUAGAUAAAUGAGAAAUAUAAAAGUACACACAUUUUAGAAGAUAAAACUUACAAAUUUAUAUUUUUUUCUAACGUAAUAUUUCUUACAAAAUAUUGUUCCUCUUUUUCU